AUUUGAAGGCAGCAUCUGACCUCCACAGAUUCUGUCUCGUGCACAGACUGUGGUCGCGUGCAGCAGUUUUGCCGCGAUUGACUCGAGUAAACGGUGAGGGAAGCAGAGCAGAGUAAAUGUAAAGACUGGAUAAUAAUAUAAGUUAUGAAUUAACAAAAUGGCUGCUCAGACCUUUAUUGCCAUUUCUGAGCUGCAUCCCAACUUCUCUCAUCCGAAAGUGGCAGGCAUCAUCAUUGGGAAAACUGAUGUCAAAAGCUUUCCUGACAGAAAACAUAUUGGUGUAGACAGAUUCACAUUUGGCUUCACCAUUAAGGACUCGCCUGACUUCUUCAUUAAUGUGACAGCCUGGGGAAACGAUGUGUAUGUCAACGAGCUCUCCAACUGCUUCAGCACUGGAGACUGUGUCAUCGUUGAAAACCCUUUAGUUUCCAGAAAAGACCCAGAGAAAGGUGACAAAUUCUGUCCCACAACCCCAAGCCUCUACAGGCUGCUGGUGACGGAGGCUCAUUCCCAGGUGUGUCUGUGUGCUGACACGGGCGCCAUCGACAGGCUGCUGCCACUGAUCCACCUGCCAGUGAAGGACUCAGGAGAUUUCUACUCUCUCGGAGACAUUGUGGCCAACGGGCAGAAGUUGGACGGCACAGUGAUAAAUAUACUGGCUGCAGUGAAAUCGAUUGGAGAACUGAAGCAGUUCACCACUUCAGACAGACGCAAAGGGCAGAGGCUGGAAGUGAAGCUCUUUGAUGACUCCGUCUCUUCCUUCCCUCUCGUCUGCUGGGACAGAGAAGCCAUUCAGCUCGUGCAAACUUUGAUACCCAAGGAGACGGUGCUCUUCAUAGCUGAUGCGAAGAUUAGCUUUGACAGCUUUCGCAACGGCAUGACAGCAACGGUUAACUCGAAAACUAUUAUCACUGUCAAUCCUGACACCAGAGAGGCCAGUCUGCUGUUCAGCUACGCUAAAGAAGCAUCUGAGUCUGGAGCUUUGGAUCAAGACGAGAAGCCAGAGGAUGUGCCUGUGGACUCCAUCACUGACGUGUACACAGUGAGCCAGCUGAAGCAGAAGGCCCAGGAGAAUCCUGAAGCCUUCUUUGGCCUCACAUACAGCUUCAUCUCCAAGCUCGACCUCGACUCUUCCGUUUCAAAAGUCAUCAGGACGCGGUGCUCCAGGUGUAAGUUUCUGGUAUCUGAGGACGGACAGAGCUGCACCAACCUGUUGUGUCCAGGGAGGGAUCAGUUCUUUUCAAGCACCACAGGCUUCGACCUGCUGGUGGACUUCACAGACCACACCGGCACCCUGCAUGCCGCCACCCUCAGGAGCCCAGUGGCAGAAAAGGCACUUGGCUGCACGACAGAGGAGUUCACCGGUUUGACUGAUGACGAGCGGACUGCGAUGAAGUGGAAAUUUCUUUUGGAGAGAUGCAAAAUAUAUGUGAAGAUACUCCCUUGCAUUAAAGCGAGGACUGGGAUCAAGGGGGUGGUCCUGGACUGCUCCGUGGCUGACCCAGGAGAGGUGAAGCAGCACAUGUCUGCUCUGCUGCAGCGGCCGUGAGCAGAACACACACUGACGAACAGGAAAGCACACAUGUUGAAGUUGGCUGCUUUACCUGCCAUGUGGCACUGUUCUGCUGUUUACGAGGCCAAAAUGGAUUUUUACAUAUAAGAUUUUGUGAAUAGAUUCUCUGCAUUAUUUAUUUAACUUAUUUAACUUAUUUAUUUAAAUAUAUAUUAAAGAAUAUACUGUUGUCUUGACUGCUUAAAACUUUUAAAUAAACAAACGUAUACAUUUAUUAAAAGAAUAUGUGAUGUG